AGAUCAGGUCGUCGUACAAUAGUGUUGUGUGCUGGUACACCAAAUCCAGGAAACGCGUGGAACAAAUCCUUUUUAUACACAUCCAAGCUUCCUCUGCUGCAGCCCUCUUUCGUCACUGAGCAUCCGAGCUUGACAGACAGUUGAGAGAGACAUCGGCGAUCGAUAUGCAGAAACGCGUGGUGGUGGUAAGCGCGGCGGCGGCCACGCUCGGCCUCGCCGCGGCCGUCCUGGGGUUCGCCGCCGAGUAUUUCAAGCACAAGGCAAGUUCCUUUUCCUUUAAGUUUGCCUUCUUAUUCCCAUCUCAGACCGCCGUCCAACGACGACGACAGGGCUAACUGUUGUUUGUGCCCGAAACCCGAUCGGAUCAGGCUUUCGUGCGGUCCGACACGUCCCGCUGCGAGUACCGGCGCACGCCGGCGCUCGGCUGCGGCAUCGCGGCCGCGCUCCUGUCGCUGACCGGGUUGGCCCUCGUCACCGCCGCGAGCCGCUGCUUCCGCCGCCGCGACGACGCCUUCGCGGCCGCGGCCGAGAGUGAUGAGCGCCGCUGCGUCACGAAGGUGUGCGCGACGCUCGCGUGGUUGCUGGUGGCGGCGGCGGCGGCGAUGUUCCUGUACGGCGCGUCGCGGAACGCGGGACGAGGGAGGCGGGGCUCCUUCACGGCGGUCGAGCGGCAGCCCGGCCGCACCUUCGACUUCGUUUAUCGCUGCCCCGAGCUCAGGGACGGGCUCUUCGUGUCGGCGUCCAUCAACGCCGGCAUCGGCAUCGCGUGCGCCAUCGCGGCCUACGUCGACCUCCACAAGAAGAGGGAACACCAGACGGUCACUCUGGGCGUCGCGAUGGGGCAGCCAUACCCGCCGGCUCCCGUGGCUUACAACCCUGCUCAACCUCCGUAUGGUGGCUACGGCGGCGCCAAGCAACCUGCAGGGACAGCAUGAGCUUGAUGACGCCGGCUCUAGUGUGUGUUUGCUUCAAUUUUCUGCAGAGCCGUAAUUGCUAAUUUACUUUCGAAUUGUGGCUUUGUAGCUUUGAGCGUCUACUUAUCGCCACUUUGUAAGUGUGAUUCAUCACUUGGGUAUGUGCUUGUGUUUUCAAGUUGAUAAGAAGAGGCGUAAAUUUGAGCCAACGACAAAACAAAUACAACAGAUUUCUAGUAACAUAAACUCUUCAACAAAUCAGCCUUUGCACGUGCAAGUUUUCCACGAAUCUGGCUAAUGAUGUUGUGUCUUCU